AUGUAUGACCGAAAGGCAUUCUUCUUCAAGCGGAGACUGUGCAUGGGAUGUGGAAUGACGGAUAGUCAUCGUAUCAAGGAGUGCCAAGAUCGACGAUCGUGCAAGGAAUGUGGCGGUCGCCAUCUGUCCUGUCUACACUAUGCUACCAAGAAGACUGAGCAUGCAGGCUUUGCCAACUGUACUACAGUAUGCUCAAUCCAGGAUCAAAACGGCAGAGAUCAUAGUAUGAUUGUUCCAGUCUGGGUGAGACAUCAAGAAAAUCCAAGUAAAGAGUGCCUUGUGUAUGCAGUGCUUGAUGAUCAGUCAAAUGUAAGCUACAUGUCAGAGAAACUGCGUGACAAACUCGUCGUAAAGGGAGCUUCAACAAAUCUGCAGCUUACAACAAUGCAUGGAAGUUCUACCAUCGAAAGUAAGAAAAUCAAGGGUCUGGAGAUACAAGACUAUAAUAAGGAGCAUGUAAUUCAACUACAAGUGGCCUUUGCAAGACAGGAAAUACCAGCCAGCAGGUCACAAAUACCCAAGAAGGAGGUGGUAAAUCACUGGCCUCAUCUACGUCAAGUUGCGGAUGAAAUGAUACCCUAUGAUAGAAACAUUGAUGUGUCACUCUUGAUCGGAAAUGAUUGCCCAAGAGCUAUCCGGCCUCGACAAGUAAUCACUGGAGGGGAGGAUGACCCCUAUGCUAAAAAAUCUCUCCUAGGUUGGGGAAUUAUUGGAAAAGUCUGCCUGACAUCUGAAAGUUCCGGUGCUGUUGUUUGCAACAAAAGUACAAGUUGUGAGAGCGUGAAGUUUGCAGUCCCGUCAACAGCGAAAGAAAUCCUCUGCCCGCAAAAAGUAAUUGCGAUUCUCGAGAAGGACUUUGCUGAUGAAAACAUGGGAGGGCAGUCUUUCUCAAUGGAGGACAAGAAGUUCCUGCGAAUCAUGGAGAAAGAAAUAAGGAAACGACCAGACGGACAUUAUGAGAUGCCCCUCCCUCUCAAGACGCCUAACACAUCGCUACCAUACAAUCGCAAAGUAGCAGAGAACCGAUGGAAGCAACUAAAUGCCAGAUUUAGAAGGAACCCAAAGUUUAUGGAAGACUACAUAGAAUUCAUGAAAGAUGUGCUUGAAGCAUGUGCUGAAAGGGCUCCCUCUAACUACAAACAAGGAAAGGUAAACUAUGUACCCCAUACUGGUGUCUAUCAUCCCCAAAAGCCAGGGAAAAUACGUGUGGUCUUCGACUGCUCAGCAAAGUGUGAAGGAAUCUCACUCAAUGACAACCUCCUACAAGGACCAGACUUGACAAAUGGCUUAGUUGGAGUACUGUGUAGGUUCCGUCAAGAAGAAGUUGCUGUCGUUGGAGACAUCAAAGGAAUGUUUCACCAAUUAUUCGUGUCGGAGGAAGAUCGGGACCUUCUCCGUUUCUUGUGGUGGGAAGAUGGUGACCCAAACAAAGACGUGAUCGAAUACAGGAUGAAGGUUCACCUAUUCGGCGCCACUAGCUCACCUGGAUGUGCUAACUAUGGCUUCAAGAAAGCAGCAGAUGACGGCGAAGCUGAGUUUGGGUCCGAUGCAGCUUCGUAUAUUCGAGAUGACUUCUAUGUCGACGACGGACUUAAGUCAGUCGCAACCCCAGAUGAAGCCGUGAGUGCCAUGAAAGCAAGCCAAGCAAUCUGCAGUAAAGCUGGACUGAGAUUACACAAGAUAAUGUCUAAUAAUAAGGAGGUUCUGCAGAGUUUUCCUAUCGAAGACAGAGCUAAGGGUAUUGCUGACUUGGACCUAGAAGUUGAUCCAUUACCAAUAGAGAGAGCAUUAGGUGUAUUCUGGUGCGUGAUACAUUGCAGUUCCGAAUUGAGCUUACUAGAGGGGAGUUCUAUCUACUGUUGGCUCAAUUUAUGA